CAUCGCCGAUCGCACUGGACCGACGAACCCGCGAUGGAGUCGUGGAAAGACAUCAUCAAGAAGCUCGUGGCACUUGUUGGACGGGCCUACUACAGCCCGAAAGAAGUCAUCGUCCUGGACCUGCUGUCGAAUGUCCAUUCGAUGCGGGACGAGGAGCUUGCAAAGUACCUCCGGAUUUCGUCUGUAAAAGAUCUCCAUCGGUUAUGCGGCCAGCUCAAGGCCGAGGGACUCAUCAAAGUCGAAACGAGGCUCGAGGAUCCGGCGAGGCCGUCCACCAACAGCAAAGGUGUGCCGAGGAAGGUGACCCGGUCAUACUACUACAUUGACCACAAGUCUUUCGUGGAUGUCGUCAAGUGGAGGAUCUACUGCAUCGGCAAGGAGAUCGAGCGGGAAGUUCAAAGCCAAGCGGCAAAUGUCUCCUAUGCGUGCGGCGAGAACUGCGGGCGCCAGUAUCCGUUGAUCGAGGCACUGAUGCUGCAGCGAAGCGACGAAGGGCUCUUUCUUUGCAGCGUCUGCGAGCAGCCGCUGACAGAGCUCCUCGGGAACGAAUCCUCGGACGGCAUGAGCGCAAAAUACACCAAGUUCAUGCAUGAAAGCAAACCAAUUGUGGAGCUGCUGAAGCAAACCGAUACUCUCACGAUCCCCGAAUACAUUUCGGUGAACGCGACGAUCGAGAACACGCCGAGCUCGGCCAUCGAUCCAUCACUGGAUACUGGUCGUGAACUCGACAUCUCACGAGAGACCGGUGCCCCGACCGGAGAGAUUGUUAUCGUUUUUGAGGAUGAGAACGACAGAUCCGGCCAACAAGCCGCCGAGGGGCAUGAGGAUGAAAUCACGAAAACGACAGCACAGUACUACCGCAACCUGAUGAUGGAGCCCAGCCCAUCCAGCAGCCUCUCGCGGGACGGCGACGGAGACGGCGCACUCAAGCGGCCAUUUGCCAGCAUCGACAAUGCCGAUAUUGGUCCAAGCCAGAGCAGCGCCGGCUCCGGCCCCAGUUUGACCCGGUUCGACCUUGGAGACGACGACGAUGAUGAUGACGACGAUGAGUUUGUUGAGGGAUAGUCGGUCCUGCUCGAUGGACAUGGUCGCUGUGGAGCCCAGCCAUGGAUCCAUCGAUCCAUUGCUUCGUCGCGGUUCGAGCCGGUCACAUGCCCUGCUCGCGCGCUGAUUGGCUGCCGCUGCUCGGGUGAUGGCGACCAGCCAUUGGACGAGGCAUCGCUGCGAGGAGAGAUCAAGGACGAGAGGGCUCAUGCAGCCAUGGCAUUGGCGAAUAUCUUACGUUUCACGCAGCAAUAAAGACGGAGCUGACCCCAUG